AGGCAAGCUAGAGCGCUAGAGGAAGAGAGAGAGAGGGGGGAGAGAGAGAAAGAGAGAGAGGCAGGAAGCCUGCUGCUGUCAGGGAAUAUUGGUGCCAUUUUCAGCAUCGCAGGGUGAAAGGAUUGAGCCUCGCCGCCGUACGCUUGGCUCGGCUCGCCUCUGCUCGGCUCGCCUCUGCUCAGACCGGCUGAACAAGAGGGCUUUAGGAGGGAGAACUACAAAAAGGAGGAGAGAACGGCUGACCCCCGCCCCCUACCCCUACACAGACCCCUCUUCCCCUUCCUCCCGUUUCACCUCACCUCCCCCUCCCUGCUCAGCCUACAGACGGAGUGAGUUAUGCAGUCCUUUCGUGAGCGCAACAGUGGUUACCACAGCAACCAACCCUGCUAUCAGCAGGAGCCCCAUGAAUUAUCUCGCCUGGAGACCUACCGGCAACACCCACAUCAUCCCCAUCCGCAGCAUCCACACCCAGGCCCUGGUCCUCAUCCAGGCCCUGGCCCCGGGCACAACAGGUCAGGCUAUGAGGCUAUGUCUAACACAGCAAAUGUGCCCACAGGUGGAGCAGCUGGAAUUGGAGGACCCAAGGACUGCUACAGCCAGCAAAACUAUUCUGGGUACCCAGGAAGUACUGGAGGCAGUGGAAAUGGAAAUGGGAGCUCAUCAGCUUCACAGGCAAAAAAAUCCUUUAGAGGAAGCAAAGUUCCCCCACCAAACCCCAGUCAACACUUGCAGGGCCCUGGAGGCUAUAGCAAUCAUAUGGCCCCAGGAAAUUAUUCCGCCCAGUAUAUGAGCGAGGGCCAUCUCCAGCAGAAAUGGGAGGACCCUGCACAGUUAGCACAGUAUGAACAGGAGAUGGUGGGGCGACUGGAGGCUGGUGCUUCCCCUGCACCUGGAUCCUCCCAGUACAUAGACUCAAACAUGUUGGGGCAUUCCCAAACCCCAUGCCACCAGCCUUCUACCCCAAGUUAUACAAGUCCACACCACCAGCCUCACCCUCCUAAUCCUGCUCCUUCACCUCUCAUGUAUCCCCAAAGUCAUCUACACUAUCCUCAGCCCUCCCCCUCUCCAUCCCCAUACAUGGAAAAAUGCAGUCCCAUGCCCCAUUGUUAUAAAGGCUACAACAUACCUCCAAAUUCUCAGUAUAGCAGACAGCUAAGUAGUCAUAGCAGUUUGAAGCAGGGGGCUUACAGGUCAACCCAGAACAGCUAUGGGUACCAGCAGUCAACACCCAGAGGUUAUGAGCAGCAGACAUCUUUACAGGCAAUGACCAACCCCCAAGAACCCCACCCUAAAUACCAACACUAUAGCCAACCCCAACAAAAUUACUGUCUGUCAGAGCUCCCUGUCAGAUCUCCAGAACAGUAUUAUCAGACUUGCAGCCCCUCCUCAAGUCAUUCCCCUGCUCGCUCUGUCGGACGUUCACCCUCAUACAGUUCCACCCCUUCACCACUGAUGACUAAUCCAGAAUCAUUCCAGUAUGGCCAACCACCAAUGACACCUGGGGCAGCCUCAUCAUCAUCAUCCUCUUCAGCUGGUAUGCAAGAUCAAGCCAGCACAAACACCAUGCUAAUGCCCCCACGGUCCCACCCUUCACCCAACAUAUCCCACACAGCAUCCCACAGCUACACUUCAACACCACAAGCGCCCACAAUGAAAGAGCGCUUCUCGGAGAAGUUGUUAUCAAACCCCAGCUUGUGGAGCCUAAACGCUCUCACCUCUCAGGUGGAGAAUAUCUCCAAUAAUGUUCAACAGCUCCUGCUUUCAGAAGCCCUGGUUGCAAACAAGAAGGGCAGCAAGCGCAGCAGUGGUGGGAGCAACAGCAGCACUGGAAGUGGGGCCUCCACCAAGAAAGGUGAAGAAUACAAAAGCCCUCCAUAUCCAGACAGUGGUGGCAUGGUGGGUGGGGCCAUGCAUGAACCUUACUCUACCCCACAGCACCAACCAUUGCCUAUGGAACUCCAUGAGGGUGGCUACUCCAGCAGUAGUGAUGAACCAUUGGACAGAGGUUUCUAUUACUUUGGCCAGGGUAGAAGUCCAGCCCAGGCCCACAACAACACACAACUCAGCCUGGACACAGCCUCCUCUUGCUCCAUUGCCUCUCCAGAUGAUAUGUCUACUAGGUCUGGGGACUCAGGGUUGCACAACCUUACCCCUGAUCCUAUAAGAUGCACGGCAGGGCAAGGAGGAGAUGGCAUGAAUACCCCAGUGAAGAGCAUUGGUGAUGAGAGAUCUCCAACAAGCAUUACAAUACCAAGUCCUAUGAAACAAGAAAGUGAUUCCCCAUCAGACAUACAACACAUCAAUCAGCCUGUAAAAGAGAACUUUGAAGAGUCAGCUUGGACUGAAAAACCUGCUGGAAAAGAAGAGGAAGCAAUGGAAAAGACUCUUGAUUUUAUAAGUAAAACAGACUCAAGCAACCCUACAGAGAAGCAAGAGAAAUGGACAGAUGAGGAAAAAUGCCCAAAUUUCUACAGCAAAAUAAACACUAAUAUGGCAGAAAAAGGCUAUUGCUAUGAAGACUCAAUGUACCAAGAGGUCCAGAGCAAAUAUGACUCUGAUGCAAGAGAUUCAGUUGAACAGUCCCCAGCUGAUCUCUCUGAUUCCAGUAACAAAGAUCACUUUAGUCAAGAGAUGAAGUCAGGGGUAUUCAAGUCUGAAUCUCCAACUGCAUCUGAGAGUUCUGUGAAAACGUUGCCAUUCAUUUCAAGAGGAGACCUUGAGCAGGAUCCAUAUUCCACAGAGAAAGAUGACAGUUCAGCAAAUACCUCUCCAACCCCACAAACUGAAGUCCUGGAAGAGUCUAGUUGUGACAAGAAGGAGAGCAGAACACAGGAGAAUGACAAAGACAUAGUAGAAGAUAGGGAAGAGGAUGAGAUAAAUGAAGAUGAGAAAGAAGAAAUUGAAAAAAGUUCUCUUUCACAGCUUUUGUCUAAAGAUAUUAGGGAGGAAGCAGAGGAGGAGAAAGAAAGACAGUCAUUAACUGAAGAGCACAUAAAUGACGAAGACAUCCAAAUGAGUCCCUCUGAAGAUCUCUGCAGCAGAACAGAAUUCCACAAUUUAGCUCUUAACACUGACAGUGAUUUUGCAGGGGGACCCGGUCAUCUUAAUGCAGCAGCAGCAACGACAGCAACAGAUGUUUCAACAAGGGAGUCAGCCAUCGGCGACACAGCACCUCAGCCACAGUCUGCUAUGCCAGUCUUCUCUGCUCUCAAUGAUAAGGCAGCUCCUCCUGCCCAGGCUAGAGAUCAUAUUGAUCACAGCGAUGCUAAGGUCCUGGAGCCGGACUCUCCUCAGCUGCCAGGGAAGUCAAUACUUCCCUCUGCCCCUUCCUGGGCUGACACUCCACCAUCUCCUCAAAAAGGGGAUGAUGAUAUAGAACCAGGCAUAAGUUGUUCCAGUGCUGUGACACCACUAGCUAAACCAGAGCCUAUGGUUCCAUCUGCUCAGCCAAGGACAUAUGGGCGUAAGCAUGUUAGGGGUAGAAGGAGAAUCAUACAUUCAGGUGUGGCAUUAAGGCGACAACUGAGUUUGAAGAAGGAGGAAGAAAAGGAGGACAAAGAAACAAAUUCCUCUCAGCAAAAAUCAAGCAUGGCUCCAAGCAAGACUAUUUUAUUCUCAGAUCAAACUAACCUUGCUCAUCAGGAUUCUAUGGUGAGCCAGACUCCUAAAAUGCUGACAGAUGGUUUUCAAUCCAGAAUGUGCACUCGCUCUUUUAAUGCACCAGAUAUGCAAGCAAAAGUUGAACCUAAUGUGAAGAGAAAACCAGGCCCAAAACCUGGAUCUAAGCCAGGGUCAAAACCCAGUGCAAAACCAGGGCCUAAGCCAGGUGCUAAGCCUGGUCUAAAGUCAGGGCCAAAACCUGGACCAAAACCUGGGAAAAAGACAGGACAAAAGCCUGCAUCACAGGAAUCAGAAGUGCCACUGAAACUUGAAACUAUUGUAAGGCAAAAACCAGGGCCAAAGCCAGGUUCAAAAUCUGGACCAAAACCUGGACCAAAACCAGUCCUAAGACCAGGUCCAAAACCUGGACUCAAGCCUGGUGAGGUUUUGCCUCCUACCGAGGCUGCUCCCAUCAAAGCUCCAGUUGGUCGCCCAAGGGGCUCAAUUUCAAAAGCAAAAUUGAUGGACCGGGAAGAUCCAAGACAAGUCCCAGAAAUGCAAAGCAGGACCAGGAAAGCUCUAAAACAUGCAACACUGCAAUAUAACCAAGACGGAAAAUCUCCAACAGAGGAAAAGCGAUCUCUCCCAGAAAUAAAGGUACAAGAAAGGGAAAACAACAAUAUGGUCUUAAGAUCCAGAAAACUCUCACAGGAUAAGCUAACGAAAGAAAAGGAAAGGGGAGGGGAAGAUAUUCAAACUUCAACAUCAACAGAAAAUAAAAUCAGCGAUAUCUCUCUAAAAGUUAAAGAGGUCAUAGUUGUGAAAAAACUACUAACUCCAAAUCCUGAUGCCAUGAUAACAACCAAUGUUUCCCUACACUCACCUGUACCACUUGCAAAGCCAGCCCUCUCUGAAGAAUCUAAAGAAAAGACAUUAUCAAUACUAAAGCACACAUCUAGCCCAGACAUUUCCACACCACCUGUAAAAAAGAAGAGAGGUCCAAAGCCCAAACUAAGAAACUUACCAUCUCAGUCAGUCCUGUUUGAAGAGAUUCUACCAGCACGCAAAGACAAAAGUGUCCGAGGCCCCAGAAGAAAGCGAGGACCACCCAGGAAAGCUUCUCUGGUCAGUGCCUCAACAAAAGAUGCGCCUCCUAACAGCAGUGGAUCUGCCACCAGUGACAUGCCUGUGGUGCCUCCCCAGUGCCCCACCAAAACAAAAGUUCUCCCUCCACGCAAAGGCAGAGGGCAGAAAUAUGAGGCAAUGGUACAGAAGAUUACAUCUCCCAGCUCAAAAAAACACUUCCCAGCUACGCAACAGGACAGUAGUCUAAGUGAGGACUUUACGUCAAAGGCUUUUUCUGAAUUUGUCUUUAAGGAAGGUGAGGCUUUUAUUCAAAUAAAUAACACAGAGACAUUAGAGUUUACAAAGGAGGAAAUGAAAGAGCAAGAAGAAGCAAUGACAAUGGAAGAUGUAUCACAACUAGGUGGCAAGCAUGAGUUAAGCCGAGAAGAAUCAGCAAAAGAUAUAGUAAGACCAUUAGUGGAAGAAGAGAUUACAAAUAAGAAUUACGGAAGACAAGAAAAAGGUAAAGUAGAAACCAAGAUGGAGGUUGCUGACAAUAAGGCUUUGUCUUCAACAGAGACAUCAUUAGAUGUUGGAACUCUAGAUGAGAGGACACAACAGACUUCCAAGAGUGAUGCCACAAAGUCUGUCAGAACGAAGAGAAAGAGAUGGGCCAUGGUGGAAAGUACAGAUGCAUCAGUGGUAGCUUUGGAAGCAGACAGCCUCAUUAUUACAACACCAAGACUUGCUAAACAGAGAGCUAUUAAGAACAACCAUGAAAUGCACCUUAAACAGAGGAGGAAGAAGAGAAAGGGUGAAGCCAAUUUAGAGGAAACCGAGACAGUAGAUGAGCUCAACACAACAGAAACACCAGAACCUGUGGAGAGAAUAGAGGAAAAAGUCACGGCCACAGAGUCCACAAAGUACACGGAACCUCUACCAACUAGCGAGGAUAAAUUCACAGAAACCCCACAAGCUAUCUCUGCAGAACUUAUUCAAAAACCUCGAAGAGGCCGAAAACCAUCCGCAAACCCAACUAAACAAAAAAGAAGCCAAGCCUCAAUGGAGCACGCUCCUGGGAAGCCAGUGAAGAUCCACAAAAAACCUGGGCCAAAACCUGGAAUGAAAGAUGCCAUUGAGGUAAUUGAGGCAGUUGUAAGGGCAGCUGGAUGUGAGCAGGACCAAAAAGAGGAAAGAGCAAAAGAAGAAAGAGAAAAAAGAGAACGAGAGAAUAUAGAAAGUGAAGAGACUAGUAUUGUGGGUCCUGUGGUGACUGUUACAGAAAAACAGAUGGAGUUCAUCUCUGUGAAAAGAAUCAGAAGGAGACCAAUCAACAGGAAUUCCAAACUAUCUUUUUGUCCUUAUGUACGGAUCAACAACUCUAGAGACUUUUCUUCUUGGUGUGCCAUAGUCAACAAGCCUGACGAUGCUGUUGUAUUUCAGAGACGGAGAAAAAAGGGCAUACUUAGAAUGAGGAAUCCUUUCACAGUUGCUAAAGUAGUGCCACACACUGCUGCCAUGCAACUAGGACCAUUGGUAAACACAAAUCUAUCUGACAUGCGUCUUAUGUGUUGCUUGUGUGGGAAACCACCAAACUACAAAGACCUGGGUGAUUUGUGUGGACCAUACUACACAGAAGAUAGUAUUCCACGGAAAAUUUUGACUAUCACACAUACGCAACUCUUCAGGGAAGAUGGCAGCAAGACCCACGAGAAUGACAGUAACAGCAGUGAAGAACCAGGGACUUCCUCGAAGACUGAAGAUAGAGUGAACUCAGAAAAGGAGGGAAAUACAGAAGCUACCACUGAAGAGGCUGGAAACAGCAGGCACCAUCACCGGCACUACAGACGGCUACUGAGACCGGAAAGACCGUGUCAGGAAGGUGGUCCGAGAAGAGUUACCCUCAGAGAGCGAUUCAGGAGAAUGAAGCAGCUCCAGAAUCUCUACACGGCCACUUCAAAAGACCAAGAGGGCAAUGAAAGCAUGUUCCAAAAGCUACAAAUGGAGGCAGUGGCCAAGGAGCACUGGGCUCAUGAAAACUGUACCAUCUGGACCAAGGGGAUAAUUAUGGUAGCUGGAAGGCUAUAUGGACUGAAGGAAGCUGCCAACAAGUCAGCUCAAACGAGCUGUCACAAGUGCCAGAUUUCAGGAGCGUCUCUCAGCUGCUGUUGGAGAGGCUGCUCUUAUAAGUACCACUACAUCUGCGCCAAAGAGAUAGGCUGCACAUUUCAUGAGGAUGAUUUUUCCAUCAAAUGCCCAAAACAUGAGACUGGCAGGGAUGAAAAGCUGGCAGCUGAUCAAAACACCCCACCCACCAUCGCUGCCUGUUAUCCUCCCCACAUGCUCUCUCCACCAUUACUCUCUACUUCUUCCUCUCAUUAUUUCUCCUUCCUCCUUCUUUUUUCCUGUUAGCCUCAUUCCGCUUCUUUGCUCCCCCGCUGCUCCGUCUCUCCCAGCGUCUCAAUCCGUUCACCUUCUGAUAUCCUAUAAGCUCCCCGAUUUGUUUUUCUCCCCCCUUCCAUCCUCCCUUCACCCUUCCUCAAUCAGCCCCUUUCUCACCCGCUUCCUUUCUCAUCCCCUCUCUUUCUCUCUCUCUCUCCCCCUGCGCCUCCCCCUUCACCUCCACUCCCACGUCUGAGCGGCAGAGACGACGUGUGAGAAACACAGAGAAAAUGAGAGCAAGUCAGAGAGAGAGAACGUUGUUAGCUGCGCUGAGGCAGAGCUGUCAUCAGGCUGAGGGAUCUGAGAGGCUGCAUGUCUGCGCCGAGCCAAUUUAAGCUCAGCGGCCCAAUCAAAGGGAAGAGGAGACACGGAUAAACAUGCAAGCGCCCCACCCAUGGGUUGCCACGUCAGAGGACUCUCUUUAUCCCUGUGUUCUCACUUUAAGGCGGGAUAGAAUUCACCUAAACGUAACACAUUAAUAGCGCAUCAGCAUGGGAUGAUUAGCAGGUUAGUUGUAAGCUCACAUAUAUCCACUUGGGUGCAAAAAACAACCACUAAGGAACAGGGGAAACAGACAGUUUCACACUGAGGCUGAGGUGGAAUAAAAAGAGCCGAAUCAGGACAGUUACAUCAGAGAGCGGCAGACUGGGAGCCGUCGAGGUGGUGCAAGAAAGGAAAGGCUACAAAAGAGAGCCUUGGUGUGACAGCGAGGUGGAGAGACUACAGGCGUAAAAAAAAAACCGUCAUGUGUUACUCCAGAGACCAGAAAGCAGAAAGAGAACAGGAAGACCAUGAGGAUGGGCAGCUGGCAGACUGAAGUCAGAAGGAGGAAAAUAAAUGAAGAAUACACUGCUUUUCAAAUGUAUGUAACUAAAUAUAGAAUAAAAUCUGGAAGAGACUAUAAAGAUUUAAUGCUGGACGGAGGCCUUUCAGCAGGCUAACAUGAAAUAUUGCCACAGUGUUAAAAUGUGUCAAAAUUGAAAAUGUCAAAAUUAAAAUUGAACAUUUAUUUAAAUACACAAUAAAUGUGUAUUUAAAAAAUGGACAUGCACAGUUCCUCAGAGUGACUAGGAGUUAUUUUGCAAAAAACAACUGAAAAUGAUGUUUUUAGAUGUGUAAACCUUUUAGAGAUGUAGCUAAAAAGACUUAAAGCUGCCUGGAGCAAAACAUUUUUGAGCACAUUAAAUACAAACUCAUACAAUCUAUUUCAAAUUUCUAUUUGUUAAGAAAGCUGAAAUUUUGUGUUUUGUUUUGUUUUGUUUUGUUUUGUUCAUCAUUAUACAGCACUUUCUUUUUUAUUGUGUUGGCUGAUAAAAAUGUAGAAAAAUACACAGAAACUUGUGGUUGUAGCACAACAAAAACAAGAGGAGGCUCAAGCAGCGUGAAAACUUUUGCGAGUCACUCUAAGUGCAUCACUGGCUCUUACACGGUUUUCUUUUUACAGCCAAGCUGGUCAGCUGAAUUCAUCUCCUCUUUCAUGCAGCAGCCUCGCUUUGAUGUUUUCUGCACAUUUCUGCAGAAAAAGCUUCAAUUCUCACCGCUCAGAGUGGCCUGGAGGCUCUCUCCACCUGCAUCACAGCUGCCUGAAGCUUUUUCUGGUUCAAACCAAAGGAAGAAUUU